AUGAUACCUUCAUCAAAUAAUAAUAAUAAUAAGAUUUUGAAAAAAUCAGCACUUGCCAGUGGUGUUAGACCUUCAACAAAUAUGGCUGUAAGAUUUCAAAUUGAUGAUCCAAUUGAAGUUGAUAAAGAUCUUAAACAAAAAGGAUUAACAAGAAAAAAAGCAGCUGAAUCAUUUGUUAUUCAUGAAAUUCGACCAUGGUCAUUAAUAUUAAAUACUUAUCCUUUAAAAGAUAUUUUUAAUAAUAUUAAUCAAGAUAAAUCUCAAGAUAAAUCAACUAAUGAACAAUUAGAACAAAUUAUUGUUCAUGAUUCAUCAUCAAUCAAUAAUAAAGAUCGAUCAAGUCGUUCUCGAUCAUCAAAUUUAAUUGAUAAAAAUAAAACUAAUGAUUAUCAUCAUCAAAAAAUAACAUCUCGGACUUUUUUAGGUACAAUGUGUGAAAUUAAUUAUAUAUUUAUGCAUAAACAUUUUCUACGUCGUUUUCCUUAUUUAAAAUAUUUUAUUCUUUUUAUUGAUUCAUGUCUACGUGGCAUUGGUCAAGUUAUGUUUGCUAAUAAUCCACUAUCAGGUUUGAUAAUUCUAAUUGGUUUAAUGCUUAGUCAACUUGAAUUAUCGUUGUAUGGUUUAUUAGGAAUAAUCAUGUCAACAUUAACGGCACAUUUUAUGGGAGUUGAUUAUGAUUCAGUUCGAACAGGUCUUUAUGGAUAUAAUGGAUGUUUAACUGUUUUAGCUAUGAGAUAUUUUUCACCGGAAUAUAAUUUUAUACAAAUUCUUGGACCUAUUAUAUUAAUGAGUAUUUGUUCAACAAUAUUUUUUGUUGCACUAUGUAAAUUAUUUCUUCUACGAUUUGAUCUUUCACCAUUUACAUUCAGUUUUCAAUUAUGUUCAUUUAUAUGGUUAUUAACUGUAUUAAAAUUAUCAAAUUUUUCUUUAAAUAAAACAGUUUUAGCAAAUGAUUUCAUCUCACCAAUAAUUCAAAUAACAACAAAUCAAUCCAAUGAAACAACAACGAUUUGGAUUUCAUUGAUUGAAAAUUUUAAUGGAGUUUUUCGAAGUAUAAGUUUUAUUUAUUUUCAAACUAAUGCUAUAACAGGACUAAUAAUUUUAUUUGGUAUAUGUAUUUGUUCACCACGAUUAGCGAUACUUGCUCUAUUUGGUGCAAUAACUAGUCAAUUAUCUGCAAUUUAUUUAUUUAAACUUCCUAUAAAAGAAAUUCAUAUGGGUUUAUGGAGUUAUAAUUCUGUGUUAACAUGUCAAGCACUUGGAGGAAUGUUUUUUAUUUCAUAUGGAUAUCAUAUAUGGAUUUAUACAUUAUUUGGAUCAAUAAUGACAGUUAUGGUUGAAAUCGCUUUAGUUAAUUUAUUAAAUCCAAUUGGUUUACCACCAUUAUUUUUUCCAUCAAUAAUAAUUUGUUGGUUAUUUUGUUUAAUUGGUGGAUCAAGUCGUUAUUUAAUAGCUGUUCGUUUAAGAUCUCUAAGUACACCAGAAGAUCAUUUACGACGUUUUCGUUUAUCAAAUUUAGUUAAAAUGCAUUUUGAAUUUGUUAAUGAUUUAUCAACAAUUCUUGAAAAAGUUGGAGGAAAUGAAAAUAUUCCAAUUGAAGAUUUAGUAACAAUUGAAAAUGAAUUUGUUCCAAUACUUUUAUGUUCAUAUACACAUCAAAAUGAUAUUUAUAAUUUAAAUUCAUUAUUAAAUGAAGGUGCUGAUGUUAAUUCAACAGAUUAUGAUUUACGAAGUUCAUUACAUAUAGCUGCAUGUGAUGGAAAUAUGAAAUUAUGUCGUUUAUUAAUUGAAAAUUUUAAAGCUGAUGUUAAUUUACUUGAUGAUUUUGGUGGUACACCAUUAUAUGAUGCAUUUUGUCAUGGAAAUUUUCAUUUAAUUCCAUAUCUUUAUGCAAAAGGUGCAAGAAUGCCGAUUUGUAGAAUAAGAGAAUUAACUUUUUUUCUAUGUGCUUUUUCAUUUGAAGGAAAUUUAGAAGUUGUACAAUAUUUAAUUGCAUGUGGAAUUAAUCCUAAUUCAACUGAUUUUAAUGGACGAACACCAUUACAUUUAUCUGUUUGUGGUAAUCAAUAUUCUAUUGUAAAAUAUUUAGUUGAAGAAAGUAAUGCAUCAUUAUCUAUUAUUGAUUAUUAUGUUAAAACUGCUAUUGAUGAAUCUUUACAAUUAGAUGAUCCAACUAUAUCAAUUUAUCUUCAAAAUGCGAAAAUUAAUCCAUUAAAACAAAAAGUAAGAAUAAUUAAUAUUUUAGUUGAAAAUUUACCAGAUGAUGAUGAUGAUGAUAAUUAUUAUUAUAAUGAUGAUGAUAUUGAUAUUGUUGUUGAUGAUAAUAAUCCUCAACAACAACAACAACAACAACGAACAUCAUCAAAUGAAAAUCAACAAUUAAUUAAUAAUAAACCAUUAGUAAGUGUUCAAGAAAGUUUAUUACCAUCUUUAUUUUGUACAGCUGCAGCUGAAGGAAAUAUUCGACAAAUGACAAAUAUUCUUAAACAAUUUUCUAAUUUUCGUGCAGAUAGUGUUGAUUAUGAUUUUCGUUCAGCUGCUCAUGUAGCUGCUGCUGAAGGUCAAUUAGCAAGUAUACAAUUUUUAUGUAAAAAUUCUCAAACAAAAAAACAAAAUUUACAUUGGAUUAAUCGUGAAGAUCGAUGGGGUUUUACACCUAUUGAAGAAGCAUAUCGAUAUGGACAUUAUGAACUUGCUAAUUUUCUUCGAGAAAAUCAAUCAAAAGAUUCAACAUUUAUUUCCAUUGAAAAUAAUCAAGAUACAUCAUUAACAACAAAUGAUUUUGUUAUUUCAAUUAAAAAAUGGAGAAAAAUUCUUCGUUUUGCAACAUUAGCUUCAAAUAAUCAAGCUGAAUUAAUUAAAGGUCUUUUAAUGAGUGGAGUUUUUGUAUCAUCAGAAAUUUAUGCUGAUUAUGAUGGACGAACACCUAUGCAUUGGGCUGCUAUUAAUGGACAUUUAGAUGUUGUCAAAGUUUUACAACAGUGUACAGAUGAUGGAAAAACACAUGAAGAUCGAUGGGGCAAUUCAGCUUUAGAUGAAGCCAAACGAAAGAAAUUUAAUGAUAUUGUUAACGUAUUAUUGGAUGAUAUUGUAUAA